UUCACACGGCAAGAGAGUGUGUAUGGUGCCUGAACGUGCGAGGAUUCACAUGGCUUUAACUUUCCUGCAGUCGAGCAAUGCAGUGCAACAUAUCGUCAUCAGGAGUGUGCUUAACAUGGGUGUAAACCAGCUUAUUUUCCCAGUUUACAGGAGCAUCACCGCGCUGCUUCUGCUUUUUCCCUUUGCAUACUUUUUGGAGAGAAAAGAUAGACCACCACUGAAUAAAUCCCUUGUUAUGCAGUUUUUUCUCCUGGGACUUAUUGGGGUCACCUGCAAUCAAGGAUUCUACCUCUUGGGUUUGGAGAACACAUCAGCCACAUUUGUUUCUGCAGUAGAGAAUGCAGUCCCUGCAGGAACAUUUCUCAUGGCUGCCGUAUUAAGAAUUGAACAAGUUCACUUGAAUAGAAAAGAUGGCAAAGCCAAAGUGCUUGGAGUUCUGGCUUCUGUUGCAGGAGCCUCAGUCAUAACCUUUUACAAGGGGCCAACUAUUUAUGUUCCUCCAAGGACUUCACCUUCAGGCCAAUCCCAUUUGCUCCUCUCGUUAUUUGGAGAUGCCAGGGAGAAGAACUGGACCUUUGGUUGCAUUUGUGCUAUAGGUCAUUGCGUAUGUUGGUUUAGCUGGAUUGUCCUACAAGGACCUGUUUUGAAGAAGUACCCAGCUCGCCUCUCAGUCACCUCAUUUACUCUCUUCUUUGGCAUUCUGCAACUUUCAGCAAUUGCAGCGUAUGUAGAGAGAGACUCUCAAGAGUGGCAGAUCCAUUCCGGCAGUGCAAUCUUGGGCAUUCUCUACGUGGGAGUGGUGGCUUCAGCAAUGUCUUAUGCAAUACAGCUAUGGGCGAUUGACAAGGGAGGACCGGUGUUUGUUUCAGUGUAUAUGCCUCUACAGACGUUACUCGUAGAUAUAAUGGACUCGGUCAUUAUGGGUGCACAAUUCUACUUUGGAGGCAUUGUUGGAGCAGUGCUGAUCGUAGCAGGACUAUACCUUGUAGUGUGGGGAAAAAGCAAAGAGAGCAAAUUUGGCAAAGAAAUGAAGUCGAAAACUUCACCAGUGCCAUUGAACAUUGAUAAUCAGAUUAAAUAUUAUUCUGAAGAAGAUAAAGAAUCCUCUCUCGUCCAACCAUUGCUCCCUAUCUCUUCAAAGUAGUUCAGCAAAUUUAUUGUCUUCUCUAUUGUUCAAAUAACAUAAACAAGAUGCAUUUUUGCAAAUGUUCAGUUUGUUGACAUUAAGCUGAUCCAGAUGUAAAGCUUUGGUAUCCAAAGUUAAUGGAUCAAGUAUUUGCAGCAUAUAUU